GGGCAUGCGGCAUGCAUCCGACCUUUCUCAGAAUAAAAAAAAAUAAUUCACCUUCUAUAUUCUCUUUUUGGUCGUGACAUUUUGUCUAGUUUUGUCAUUUAAUGAUGUUUUUAACAAUAUUAUUUACCUUGCAUCAUUUGAUUUAUUCAAAGUGAAAGGAUAUGUGGAAAAUGAAAUGGGUAGGAAUAGUUUUCCUCAUCUUUCAAUUCUGCAUAUCAACAGCUUUCGAUGAACUUGAAGAUAAGUCUGGUCGUAACCCUGAAGAAAAUUCGUGUGUGGAAGUCAGAGCUGUAUUCAUCAACUGCGAACCUGAGGAAAGCGUAGCAUCGGACGCUGAAUCAGUGCGUUUCGAACGAGAAGAACUGUUCAAGCAUAGUGUGUUGCGCGACUGCAACAAGAAAUUAGCUGUGACUGUCAAAAUUACAAGCGAGCCUACGACGAGUUCAGGAGAUGAAUACUUACCUAUCGAACACGUAUUUGAGGGAACAAACAAGAAACGGAUACGUCUCCUAGACCCGUACAUCCUGCGACUUCGGAGAGAACUACCACUCCAGGCUUAUAAGCUACGCCGGGUUGAUACUAUAAGCGGAGUUUUAUUAGACAAUGAAGAUGAACCUAUUAGCGGCAAAAACUUUAAACAUUCAAAAAAUCGUAUCGAGCGGGAUCUAAGUCAUUUAAGGAAAGAAAAAUGGACAGCAAAUCAUAAAGUUCAUCUACAAACCUUCCCUAUGACUCCACUCGCUCUGAGUGUCCAACCUCUGGAAUCUGCCACACUCUCUGUCACGUCUGCUACUUACCAAACCAGGAGUUGUGUUGAUAAUUACAAGUAUGCCAAUAUUUUAAACACAACGUUGGUCAAACGCAGCAAACGCAAUGAACAUAAUAUUGUGGUUGAAGAAGUCAGUGAUGAUAAACAAUGGGAUUCGAAAAAUGGGUUCUAUCACAUAUCGGAUUCGGACAGAGGUCCUAUGCAGGGAAUCGAUGAUGAUAUUGUUGAAAGACCUGCUAACAUUAUCAAUGAAAAAGAAACACCAGAAAUGUUCGUGACUAAGACAUUAACUAAUGAAAUUACUAAAGCCGAUGAGAGAAGUCGUCUGAAAAAACUGAUUCGUUCAAAAAAUUCAAAUGCCAAAGAAAACGAAUCCAAAUCGGGAAGAAAUAAAUAUUCAGAAAAACAUAAAACAAGCCCUUCAUCGCCUCGAAGUAAAGAAACUAAAACUUUAACAACGAAGCGAUUUGAAGAUAAAUAUGAAGAAAAUCUAGAAUCGAAAGAAAAGGGUGGAGAAUCUGAGAGAGACUAUGCUGUUUACGAGAUCGGCCAUCCAGAACUGUGGUACACAGUGCACGUGCAGCUGUUUGAAAAAUUAAGUACGCCUGACGGAAAAACUGUAUGGAAUGACUUGACCAAAGGCGAGCUAGCUAGUGUAAGUUCAACGUCUCCUGAAUGGACUGGGCAGGAUCUGAACGUUCGUUAUCGUCCUGCUGAGUGGAUACCCAGAGACGAGUUUUCUUUGCCAUCCAGCAGCCUAUGCCUUCUAGCACCCAUUCAUGGAGAAGCCUCUUCUUAUAACGAAAACGGCACUAAGCUGAAUGGUGACUCUGACGACGAAGGCUACAUCGUUCUCCCUGAAGAAGACGUAAUAGGAUUGAAAGAUGAGGAUGGAAACAUUAACGGACGCAACGAUACCAACUCCGAUUCUGAAUACAUUUCGAGGUCGGAGGAACAAAGGGAACGGUAUUUACAGGGUCGCCGAAGGGUGGUCGUGCGCACAUCUAGAGCCAUACUGACUGGAAAGGAAGAAAAAGUUAACAUUGCCUUCCAUGGUACCAACAAAUACUUAACAAUACCGCAUCGGCGGCCACAUCAUGCUCAAAUUGAUUUGGAGGCACGCGCUGAUGAAAAUGAGCUCGUUCGUGUCGGUGCGUCGGGACGAAUCGCAAUUGCUGUUGCGGAUAGCUCUCGUAAAACACGGACUGUUAUUACGCUUCAAGUUGGAAACACGGGAUUAGCUGCUGCCCGGUUCAGGGUUAUCACACGAGACUGUGGCCCAGCCCUGUCUGAUCUGAUAAACGAUAAAAAUAAACCUGUGACAAUGGCGGGGCCGGUUCUGAUCCCUCCGCGACAUACACGGACUCUUAGGCUAGAGCUGCCGAUGGAGAUUCCUGUAGAUGUCGCUCAAUGUUCCGUUUCGUUGGUGAACGAUGAGGAAAAGUCCGUAGCAGUAAGAGAAGUGUCUGUGAAAAAGGGAGACCGAUGUUUUUGCGUGUGGCACUGUGACUGUGUUUGUCUAACUGAUGAUCCCAGGUUACUGUGCCGUGAAAUGCCCGAAGCUCGUCAGUCGGCUGCUGGCCUCUCCAAUCGUGAUAGAACUCGACAUGCUCGCUCAGCUUGUUACAAAGACGUGGUCACGCUCAAUAUAUUCAUCAUCUUUACAGGCGUUAUAGUGGCGCUUUUGUUGCUAGGUUGCAUAAAGGCUAUUUUGGGGCUAGUCUUCAGUUGUAUUGGCAUGUGGGGCUUAGACCAGAUGGUGCAGUUCCCGCGAAAAAUCGAUCAUUAUUAUGAAGAAAGUAUUCGGUGUCGGCAAGUUGAAUACGACUGCCAAGGAUACCCUGUACAUCCUGACACAAAAAUGAAGACCGUUCGUAUGCUAAGCAGAUCCAUGGAAUUUAUCCUCAACGUGAUAUUCUUUGUCAGCGUCCCUUGCAUUAUCAUAUGUGAUGCGAUCAAGGAAAUGAUUUCACGUUGCAGAAACCAGUCACAAAACCCUUGUUGUACGUCGACCUCCAAGAACGACACUAAAAAGUGUUUUAGCAGCCAGGACAUGCAGGGGAUGGCGGCGCUGCGGUGGCGGCGACGUCGCGGUGGCCUACGUAGGUGGAUGACACCUGAGGCACAAGAACUCUCCAAAGAGCUUUGGAAGGAAGGCCUCACGCCGAUCAAAUGUGAAUUUAUGAGGCCCCUGUUGCGCGAUGGUCGACAUAUCGACUCCGCAACGCAACGAGAACAGCCAGACGACUCGUGUGUGGACUCAGAGCAAGACGACACCGACUACGUUCUCACACAGAUGCAGAAAAGUAGAGAAUCACUAUCGAUAUUGAAGCAAAAGUCAAAACAGUGAAACACGUAUGAAUAGGUUUACUUAUCCUUGGUAUAAGAACCUGGUUAUUAUAUUUAUAUUAUAACAUUACUUCGAGAGAACAUCGCUUCGAGCUGAACAACGAACCGAGCCGAACAUAGAGCUAAACAUUGCUACAAACAUUUUCUUUAGCAGACUAGCGCACGUUCUAGUCGACGUCAGCCUUGACAGUACUUUAUUCUAUCUUGUUGGAAUGCUCGGGAGAACGCUCUCGUUAUUAUUCUUCUUAACAUCUUGUCUGUCGGUAUAUAUGAGACACAAUAGAUUGUGUCUCACGUCGAUCUAUGUUCCGAUAAACCCCGGGUAAUGUAACAUUCGCAAGAAUACUCAUACGGAGCAACCUACCUGGAAUGCGUAUGCUACGGGGACCCUGUACGGGCUGACAAAUACCCGUACUUUUAUGGGCGGCUGGAGUUGAUAUGGUUAGAGGUGGAUCACUGCGUUGCCCAAUGUCUUACUGGCCAUGGUAACUUUAGGAGCAAAUUGUCCUCAUUUAAACUCGUUGAUUCACUGCGGUGGCAAUGUUCAACAACGGACUUGCAAGCAGUCCGCACAUCAGAUACUCUGGGAGUGUGGACUCUGGCAAUAUGAACGUAACACUUUGUUAGAUUAUUUAAUUGUUUCAUCAGGUGUUUAUUAUACGGACCUUAAGGAAUCUAGAACUUUCCGUGAGCUUAAGCGUUUUUGCCAUAUCUAGAUAUUAUUGGAAGCAAGUAUAACAGCCCACACAUAGGACCCACUUAGUUUUAAGUCAAAUUUCUGUGGAGCUUGACUGGGCUUCUCCCAGUUGUGCAGUCAGUAUAUUGUCCUUUUAUUUGUUUUCUAUCCGCAUAAAAAGAGUUUUGCAACCUAAAUACCUAAAUCGAAAGAACUUAUUUUCUCUUGCACAUUAAGUAA